CGAUUCGAUGAUAUAUUUAUAAUUCAAUCGGCCUAGAGGACCCAAUUCCGAGGCAUGUACCCCAGAACCCGAAAGACCACAUGGCUGAGUGGAACGUGGGAUCGUCGGCAAUUGAGGCCGUCGGUGCUCAGGAGACGAGCCCAUCCAGGUAGAAUGCGACAUAUAACUUCCUGGUUAUCCCUACCCCAAGCCUCUCAAAGUUGCUUUGAGCCUCGAGGCGAUUUUCAACACGUCUAGGAUCGGCAACCUUCUGUACUGUGUCUAAAGGGCUGUCAAAAUCAAAAUGCAGCUGAAGAACCUGGCUCUCCUGGCCACCGCGGGCAUCGCGCCCAGCGUCACUGGUGCUGCAACUCUACGAUUUUCGUGCUCACAGCUAGUUGUCGAACGUCUAGACCCCCUUGUUAACCCUGGAGAGAACCCGUCACCUCACCUUCACCAGGUCGUUGGAGGAAAUGCCUUCAAUGUGUCCAUGGACCCUACCGUACAUGACUUGCCUACGACGGCAACAUGUACUUCGUGCACACCAGUUGAGGAUUUCUCCAACUACUGGACUGCUGUUCUCUUUUUCAAGGCACGAAAUGGAACCUUACACCGCGUAAACACCUUCGGAAACGAGCUCGGCUUUUCGCAAGCCAAGGGCGGCCAAACCGUUUACUACCUUUCAUCCGGCAAGGUCACCGCCUUCAAGCCCGGAUUCCGCAUGACUGUCGGAGACCCCGCGAUACGCACCGCGGAUGAGUUAAACAAGAGAUACAAGUACAUGGACUUCACUUGCCUACAAUCCUCCAUGACUCGAGGUGGCCAGACAACGCACUUCCCCACCCAACCCUGCGCCGCUGGUAUCAUGGUCUCGAUCCGCUUCCCGACUUGCUGGGACGGCAAGAACGUCGACAGCCCGGACCACCAAAGCCACGUUGCCUACCCCGUCGGCAACGCGUGCCCGUCUACUCACCCGGUUACAAUCCCGCAAGUUUUCUACGAGACCUACUGGGACACCCGUCCCUUCAACAACAAGGCGGAGUGGCCGGCGGAUGGAUCGCAACCCUUCGUCUGGUCUUUCGGCGACCAGACCGGGUACGGAAUCCACGGCGACUACGUCUUCGGCUGGAAGGGCGACGCGCUCCAAAGGGCGAUGGACGCCAACUGCAACUCCGACCUGUUUGCCAACCAAAUCAACUGCCCUACCCUCCAGACCCAAUCGCUCGACCAGGCGAACCAGUGCACUAAGCCCAAGACCGUUACCGAAAACCUCGACGGCUGGCUUACUGAGCUUCCUGGCGGCAUGCCCAUCAGCUGAAAGAAUUCCUAGCUCGGGCUUUCCUUUAACGGGCCAGGGGGGUGCUCUGAUAAAAGCGGGGGCAGCAUUUUGAUUUCAUCGAUGCAUGAUAGUUACUAUAGCUUGAUACCUACUAUCUAAUAACCAGCAGUUAUAACAAGAGUAUUUAAAUAGAAUAAAAUCAUACAUUUAAGCGAUGUCCAUUUUAGUAUAAAUUUACCUAUGAUCACCAGGUUCUCUAUAUAGGUACC